GCGCGCUGCCCAGGUGGAGUGCUCUUCUGCCUUUCAAGAUGACUUUGUGCCUCUUGACACACAAAAACUAAACUGGAGAGAAAAAUCCUUGGCUCCCAAGCCUACUACAGCGCCCUGAAGAAAGGGAAGUCUCUCAUUGUCCUUUGAAAUGCUGAAGAACUUAUUUCGGAGGAGACUUUUUUCUUAUCCCACUAAAUACUACUUUGUGGUUCUUGUUUUGUCUCUGGUUACCUUGUCCGUUUUAAAAAUCCAUCAGAAGCCUGAAUUUGUAAGUGUCAGACACUUGGAGCUUACGGACGAGAAUCCUAGCAGCCACGUCAAUUGCACCAAAGUUAUACAGGGUGAUGGCAAUGAAAUCCAAAAGGCAAAGCUUGAGAUGCUUACGGUGGAGUUUAAGAAGCGCCCGCGGUGGACACCGCAGGACUACAUAAACAUGACAAGAGAUUGUGGCUCUUUCAUCAAGAUGCGCAAGUAUAUCACAGAGCCCCUUAGUAAGGAAGAGAUGAGUUUCCCAAUUGCCUAUUCCAUCGUAGUUCAUCACAAGAUUGAAAUGCUGGAUAGGCUCUUGAGGGCCAUCUACAUGCCACAGAAUUUCUACUGCAUUCAUGUGGACAAGAAAUCUGGGGAUGCCUUUUUAGCUGCAGUGAUGGGUAUUGCCUCAUGUUUCAGUAAUGUCUUCGUGGCCAGUCGGUUGGAGACAGUAGUGUAUGCAUCUUGGAGUCGAGUUCAGGCAGACCUCAACUGCAUGAAAGACCUGUACAGUAUGAAUGCAGGCUGGAAAUACUUGAUCAAUCUGUGCGGGAUGGAUUUUCCUAUUAAAACCAACCUAGAGAUUGUCAGGAAGCUCAAGUCAUUUAUGGGUGAAAAUAACCUGGAGACAGAGAAGAUGCCACCCCAUAAGGAAGAAAGGUGGAAAAAGCAUUAUGCCAUCGUGAAUGGCAGGAUCAUUAACACGGGCACUGUGAAAACACAGCCUCCACUGAAAACGCCCAUGUUUUCAGGCAGUGCCUAUUUUGUGGUCAGUAGGGAGUAUGUGAGGUAUGUGUUAGAGAAUGAAAACAUCCAGAAAUUCAUGGAGUGGGCGCAGGACACCUACAGUCCUGAUGAGUAUCUCUGGGCCACUAUCCAGAGGAUUCCAGAAGUCCCAGGCUCCCUGUCCUCAAGCAAUAAGUAUGACUUGUCUGACAUGAACGCCGUCGCUCGGUUUGUCAAGUGGCAAUACUUUGAAGGCGAUGUGUCCAAUGGUGCACCCUACCCACCCUGCAACGGGGUCCAUGUGCGUGCAGUGUGUGUUUUCGGGGCUGGGGAUUUGAACUGGAUGCUUCGCAAGCAUCACUUCUUUGCCAAUAAGUUUGAUGUGGAUGUUGACUUCUUUGCCAUCCAGUGUUUAGAUGAACAUCUGCGGCAUAAAGCCCUAGGGAUGUUAGACACUAAACCAUUGUAGGCGAUUAUAGGAAUAAGGAUGCCAUGAAAUGUGCCUCCAAUCCGUUUCCCUCCUCUGCCUCUGUUCAUGAAAAGGGCAGCUGGAGUGUUGAGGAAGCCACAAAAGGGAAUGAGGCAUUGUGGGAAGCAGGAGCCAGGAUGGCUGGGCAAGAGGCAGCUGUGGAAAUCAGCCUCAGGGACUCUUAAAAGUAACUCAGGGACUUGUGCCAAAACUAUUUUGAGAAUUUUAAAGUAUGAUCAUUUUUCUGAUGUGAGUACAUUUGUAGCAACACACAAUCAUAAGGAUACUGUGUAUCUUGUAUAAUUACAUAAGGUGAAUCGAAAUUUGAUUUUUAUUGUAAAUGAUCCUUGUAAAAUAAUUGACUUUGUGCUGUCAUGUUGAUUGGUGUAGUGUCUCUGCAUGUUAUCUCAGGGAGCUUAAAAUAGUCUUGAUGUUAAUAUUGCUGUCUUAUUUUUGCUUAUAACAGUGUAUAUGCAUUUAAAACUUUCUAUUUUAGUUGAUUUCUAUGAAUCAUCUCUUUUUUAAAGUCUGAGAUAUUUAUCCGGUGCAGUAUUGCAGAUCUGUAGCUCUAGGUACUCAGGAGGCUGAGGCAGGAUGAUGGUCAUGCUCAGGAGUUUGGAAACAAUUUGGAGAGUCUCCCUCCCUCUCUCACUUUCUACCUCCCUACCCUUUUAUCUUUUUUAGUACUGAGAAUCCAUUCAAGGCCUCAUAUAUGCUAGGCAAUAUAUUUCUAGCCUGAGACCCUGACUCAGGCAAAAAAAAAAAAAAGCAUGUGUAUUCAAAGUAUGGUUUAUCACAGUUUCUACCAAGAGUGACAUUCAACUUUUCCCAAUAUUUCUUUUAUAUCCCUCACUCACCCACCAUCUCCCCAGCCUCUGCUACCAAACUGUGUGAAAAAUGUUGCCACUUUAGAAACCUCUAUGGUCUUGGUUCUCUGAUGUGGUCCAAUUCUCAGUAAUCUAUGCAAGAAACAGAGAUAGGAGUAGGUCUGAAAGGAAGGAGAAGGAAUCUGUGUAGGCUGAUUGUGAAGCCCAUGAUAAACUUUUGAAACCAGCAACUGUCACUGUCCCAAGAACUUAAGACUUAUGCUCAUUGGAUCUAUUUAUGUCCCACCACCCAGGGGAGCUUCACUGCAGUAUCACCAGUGCCUUUGUCUGAAAGAACCUGGCCCCUACCCUGGGGUCUUAAUGUAACUUGUGCUCCAGGUGGUCAUUAAUCCUUCGGUUGUGUGUAUGUCUUCCUCUCUGUGAGCCUUCAAUGGGGAUGGAGAUACUCUGCUGUUCAGGAGGCCUAUUGGAAGGCCUGGGAUGGAAACUUCAGGUUUCACUCGGAUUAUUUCACUAUUGCAAUCAUUCACAGCACAUAGUGUGUACUCUCUCUGUUCUCACCAAAAGACUGAACUGUAGUUCUAUUUCCCAUCCUAAGUAAAGAUUUUUUUUUAAUUUCUUUUUAAACUUUGGCUAAGUUGAUACAUUCAGCUACAGAGCUGUUAAGAAUAGCAAAGCCUUCUUAUUUAGCAUUAGACUUUACACAAGAACCAAACCGUUUAUUUUAUUUUUUAAACAUAACCUGUUUGAAUUGUCCAUGAGCCAUUCAUAUCAGAUAGUUUUUAGGCAAUUGUUUUAAGUUUCAUUUUACUGAAAGGUGUAUUUUUUUUCCAAAAUUUUAUCAUCAUUUGUAAAGGAUAAGCUGUGUUUUCUGUUGGACCAAGAAAUAAAACAGCCAGUGUUGGAAAAAGAACAACCUGUUUGCUUAGAAACUCAAGAGACAAUGUGGAUGAGGGGGUGUACGUCCCCCCUUACCCCCCUGUCUCUGUUGGCCUCUAGACUUUUUUUCUUUUCAUAGAACUGUGAUUACCUGUAAGAUAGAACAUUAUUUUCUUACCCUAAAGCCAAUGAUACUUGAUGACAUAAUUCUUUAAUUUAUAACUUAGAGCUGUUUUUUUUUAUUUUAAAAAUUGGUAAAUCUACUGGAGAGUUUAAAACAACAGUACACGUAGUGAACACACAGGUAACCCUCAACUUCAUUUACUUGUAAACUGUAUGUCGUUUUAAACUGAACACAACUGGACACUGUGGUGUCACUGCACUUGACUUACACUGAAAUUGACAGGUUCUGUGUCCACCAUGCUAUAAAAAUAGGAUUAAAGCCCAUGUCCCUUAUCUCACAUUGAAAUUGUAGACCCACCAUCUUUCUAUAAUUGUGAUACCCUAUCUUGCUUCACUGAUAUUGGUUGCAAUGUCCCUGACAGGAGCUGUUAGAGGAUGGCAGAGGAUUCUAGCAGAAGCGCAAGGAUUUCCUUUUAUAACAUUUAAGCAAAAUGUUGCAAAAGGAAAGCAAAUGUAUAAGGAAGAAGACUCAUACUAUGGGAUCCUGCAUUUGCUUAUUCAAAUACAAUAUGAGGGAUGGAGAAAGGGUAGAUUUGAUAAUGAAACCAGCAAUAGGAACAAACUUCAAGUUCUUCAGCAAAGAGUUAUGUAAAUUAUUUAACUUACAUCAUAUAAGUUACUUAACAGUAAUUUUUUCUUACCAUCAUUUGGAGUCUUUUAGAGAUAAUUUUUUAGAAGUCACAUUCAUAAAUAAAAUCAAAAGACCUUACACUUACAUAAACUAAAAAUUUAGACUAGAAAGGAUCUAUUUAAUAAAUUGGUCAAGAUUUACAUAUUACAUAAGGAUAAAAGGUAAUGUUAUUUGUUUUAUAGGCAACUACCUAAGCUCUUCCCAGACUGAGGUGAACAGCUACUCAGCCCUGAAAAUGUGGAGCAUUAUCUUGUAUUUGUGCCAUUCAUCAAGUAUAGGUUCAUUUAAAUGAGAUAAUUAAUAGAUUUUCUCUUCCAGUGAUUUGGGUAGAAGAGAUCCUGUUAUUUCAUGUGAAGGGUCAAUUGAAAAUUAUUUGCAUUAUGUUGAGGAAAAAUCAUUUGCAUUAUGUUUAGUAUAAACUGUUUUAAGAUUUCCAAGAGAAAGAAAAUUGAAUUAAACUAAUAAAAAUAAAUGUAACACUAUUUCAUGGUAAAUAUGGUUGCCAUAAUUUGUACUCUUGACUGGAUGUGAUUGAAUGUAAUUCUAAUACUUGCAUUGCCAUUAAAACCAACCAUUCAGA